AGUUCUCGCGAGAAGUAGUCGCCGGCGCUCGCGGGAGAGGGCCGGGAAGUAUGGAAAAAGGGAGAGUUGGACAAAUGGUUGUCCAAUCUCUUCUUAAAAACUUCCAGUGUUGGAUGGCCUAAUCGGGAAGCUGUUUAUUCUCAUAGGUUUUGAUUUCCUUUGCAUUUUAAUUGUCUUGAUUGAAAGUCUGGUUUUUUUUAGUCAUUUGGUUUUGUGAGACCUUUUGUAAAUUGGAGCCAGGUUGAUUGUGGAGAUGAGUUCUACUACUACCAGCUUUAGAGAUGAAGAAGAAAAAGACACGUUUAAAAUUUUAGUUGCUACGGACAUUCAUCUCGGAUAUUUGGAGAAGGAUGCUUGUCGUGGAAAUGACACUUUUGUGACCUUUGAUGAAAUAUUGAAACUGGGUCAAGAUAAUGAGGUGGACUUCAUUUUGUUAGGUGGAGAUCUCUUUCAUGAAAACAAGCCUUCCCGGAAAACAAUAUAUACAUGUUUAGAAUUAUUAAGAAAAUACUGCAUGGGUGACCGUCCUGUACAAUUUGAAAUUCUGAGUGACCAGUCAGUUAAUUUUGGCUUUAGCAAGUUUCCAUGGGUGAACUACCAAGAUGAAAAUCUCAACAUUUCUAUUCCAGUUUUUAGUAUUCAUGGCAACCAUGAUGAUCCCACAGGGGCAGAUGGUCUUUGUGCUUUGGAUAUUUUAACUUGUGCAGGACUUAUUAAUCAUUUUGGACGUUCACCAUCUGUAGAGAAAAUAGAAAUUAGUCCCAUUUUGCUUCAGAAAGGAAAUUCAAAGAUUGCUCUUUAUGGAUUAGGAUCUAUUCCCGAUGAACGAUUAUAUCGGAUGUUUGUGAAUAAACAAGUAACCAUGUUGAGGCCAAAAGAAGAUGAAGAUAGAUGGUUUAAUCUGUUUGUAAUUCAUCAGAACAGGAGUAAACAUGGCGCCACAAACUAUAUUCCAGAACAGUUUCUAGAUGACUUCAUUGACCUUGUAAUUUGGGGUCAUGAACAUGAAUGUAAAAUAUCUCCAACCAGAAAUGAGCAACAACUUUUCUAUAUUUCUCAGCCAGGAAGUUCAGUGGUUACGUCUUUGUCACCAGGGGAAACUGCCAGAAAACAUGUUGGCUUGUUGCACAUCAAAGACAAAAAAAUGAAGAUGCAGAAGAUUCCUCUUCAGACCGUACGGCCUUUCUACCUCGAAGACCUUGUUCUGGCUGACUACCCAAACUUUUUUCUCCCAGACAACCCAAAAGUCACACAAGUAAUACAAGAUUUCUGCAUGGAGAAGGUUGAAUUGAUGCUGGAAAAUGCAGAAAGACAACGUCUCGGAAAUCCCAAGCAACCAGAGAAGCCACUAAUAAGAUUACGAGUCGAUUACAGCGGAGGCUUCGAACCAUUCAGUAUGGUCCGAUUCAGCCAGAAAUACAUGGAUAGAGUGGCUAAUCCAAAAGACAUCAUACAUUUUUUCAGGCAUCGGGAACAAAAAGAGAAAAAUGAAGAUGAAGUUAACUUCAGAAAACUGGUCCAUAGGCCGGCAGCUGAGGGAACAACACUGCGGGUAGAGGAUUUAGUAAAGCAAUAUUUCAAAACAGCAGAGAAGAAAGUGCAGCUUUCUCUUCUGACCGAGAGGGGCAUGGGGGAAGCUGUGCAAGAAUUCGUGGACAAGGAAGAGAAGGACGCUAUUGAAGAACUGGUGAAGUUCCAGUUAGAAAAGACCCAGCGAUUUCUGAAGGAGCGACAUACAGAUGCAGAAGAAGCAAAAAUUGAUGAGGAGGUGCAGCGUUUCAGAGAAUCAAAGAAAAAGAACACAGUGGAAGAGGAUGAGGAAGUUCGUGAGGCUAUCAACAGAGCCAAGGCCAGGUCUCAGGAGACCGGUCAUGCUUCAGCAAUGAGUGAUGAGGACCUGAUGGAUGUGGCCACUUUUGACCAAAGAGUCGAUGAGUCGGACGACUCUUUAGCUCCCAGUUGGGGUAGACAGAGAGGUCGGGCGAGAGGCAGAGGACAGAACGUCUCAACCAGAACAGCAUCUCGGCGAGGAAGAAGAGGAAAUGCUGGCCGUGAUCAGACUGGAAGCAGCAGAACGUAUAAGCCUGCAACUACUCCUACAAAAACUAUGUCGAUUUUGGAUGCUUUUAAGUCAUCCAGACAGCAGCCCUCCCGAAACGCGUCUGCCAAGAAUUAUUCAGAGCUCUGCACAUCGGCACACUGGGAAUAGGCUCACGCUGUUCUUCUCCCUCGCUGAUGUCAGACUCCAGAGACUCCGGAGGCAGCAAACAACUACCAGAUGGCCUUGGCUCCCUCUCUGCCUCUGACUCAGAGCCAUCGUCCGAGCCUUCUGCAAACUCCAGGACUGGCCCACAUUCCUCCCCAACCUCCUCACUGUCUGAAUCUGCUGCCAGCUCUGCUGGCUACUGGCGAGCCACAAAAUUUGCUUAGCUUUCCCUAUCCCUGGAAAGACCUGGGACUGCUAAGAUGCCUGAGAUAUCAAAAGCAUCUUUAGAUGACUUUACUGAAGGCACACUGUUUCGUUUUGGCCUGUCGGACGCUGGCCCCUCUAGCAGCCAAAUCAGAGGAGGAGGAUGCAUGGGAGUCAGGGUCAGCAUCAAGGCAACCUGAGAGCUCCAAGGGAGAAGAGGGAAUGGAGCUGACAGAGAGAGAGAGAGGGGAAGCCUGGGCCGUUCAUCAGCCCUCAGAUAGAAAGUCAACAGCCCCCAGGUUUGGAGAUGGCUGAUGAGAAAGAGGAGGAACAGCUGGGUUCAGUGGCUGACGCGCAGAUUCACAGAAGGCAGAGGAGAGGAGAGCAGUGGAAAUCCAUGGGCCGAUCCUUGGGAAGGAAGAGCCACUGCUGCUAGCGAAGCCCCACCCAACUCUGGGGAUAAAAGGCAGGGGGUGGGGAGAUGAAUAGAUGUGGCAGACAACUAUCCAUCUCCCUGCAGACGUGUUAGACGUGUUAGCCUGCUGUAAGAGAAACUUUUUUCUGGGGCUGCUGGCGCUCCUAAUAAAGGAAUCAUUGAGUUAACUCCGUAGGGUUUGUCGUGUUUUAGGAACUGGGUCAGAACACCAUCCUUUCUUUGCAAAGAGGGCAAGUGUUUUAUUACGGAAAAGUCUGAGAACUCACAAUAUCGAUUUUUGAAUUGGGAUACAUUUGGGAUACAAUAGAGGGCCAAUGUGUUUCAAAUCAUGGUACCAUCUUAUUUAUUUAUUCAUUCAAAUAAUUUACAUGGCUGCCCAACUCACAAAGAGGAGUAAAAGCAAACGUGCAAGAAACCCGAGACAAACAGUUUCAAAAUCCACAAGCUAUGAGAGGCUGAUCCUACUUCCUGGCCCAAUGUUGAAGUGCAGUGGGGUGAAUGGGAGGGUCAGAUUUUCAAAGGCGUAUAGACAAUCAAUUGGUCAGAGUCCAGAGUCCCAACGGAGAGGGUUUUUCCCCCAAAAAAUCAGGUGCCACUUUCCCAGCAGAAGGGUAACUCAAAUUAUAAACUCAACAUAAAUCAGUAAAAAAAAAAAUAGGGACAGAAUUAGCCACCAAUAAAAGAGAACUCGAGGGAUGUUUUCUUCUGCAUAUACAGAUAGUCCUUGACUUACAACAGUUCAUCUAGUGACCGUUCAAAGUUAAAAUAGAAUAGAUUUUUUUAUUGGCCAAGUGUGAUUGGACACACAAGGAAUUUGUCUUGGUGCAUACGCUCUCAGUGUACAUAAAAGAAAAGAUACAUUCGUCCAGAAUCAUAAUGUACAACACUUAAUGAUAGUCACAGGGUACAAAUAAGCAAUCAGGAAACAAUAUCAAUAUAAAUCGUAAGUAUACAAGCAACAAAGUUACAUUCAUACAGUCGUAAGUGGGAGGAGAUGGGAGAUAGGACCAAUGAGAAGAUUAAUAGUAGUGCAGACUUAGUGAAUAGUUUGACAGUGUUGAGGGAAUUAUUUGUUUAGCAGAGUGAUGGCCUUCGGGGAAAAACUGUUCUUGUGUCUAGUUGUCUUGGUGUGCAGUGCUCUAUAGCGUCGUUUUGAGGGUAGGAGUUGAAACAGUUUAUGUCCAGGAUGUGAGGGGUCUGUAAAUAUUUUCACAGCCCUCUUUUUGACUCGUGCAGUAUACAGGUCCUCAAUGGAAGGCAGAUUGGUAGCCAUUGUUUUUUCUGCAGUUCUAAUUAUCCUCUGAAGUCUGUGUCUGUCUUGUUGGAUUGCAGAACCGAACCAGACAGUGAUAGAGGUGCAGAUGACAGACUCAAUAAUUCCUCUGUAGAACUGAAUCAGCAGCUCCUUGGGCAGUUUGAGCUUACUGAGUUGGCGCAGAAAGAACAUUCUUCGUUGUCCUUUUUUGAUGAUGUUUUUGAUGUUAGCUGUCCAUUUUAGAUCUUGUGAUAUGAUAGAACCUAGAAAUUUGAAGGUCUCUACUGUUGAUGCUGUGUUGUCUAGUAUUGUAAGAGGUGGAAGUUUGGAAGUGUUUCUCCUGAAGUCUACCACCAUUUCUAUCGUUUUGAGUAUGUUCAGUUCCAGAUUGUUCCGGUCGCACCGCGAGGCUAGUUGUUACAACAGCACUUUUCAAACUUAUGACCAUUGCAGCAGCCCCAUGGUCACGUGGUCCAUGCAACUGGUUGUUCAUAUUUCUGACAGUUGCAGUGUCCUAGAGGCAUGUGAUUACCUUUUGCGACCUUCUGUUGAGCAAAGUCAAUGGGGAAGCCGGAUUCACUUAACAGCCCUGUUCCUCAUUGAAUCACUGCAGUGAUUCACUUAACAACCGUGGCAAGCAAAGUUGUAAAAGAGGCAAAACUCUCUUAACGAAUGUUUCGCUCAGCAACAGAAACCUUGAACUCGGCUGUGGUCGUGCAUCGAGGACUAGCUGUAUUAAAAGCGUUGCAUUUCUGGGCCUUUGCUCUGUCUC